CCUAGAAAGUUCUUAAACCCCUAGUUCCCCCUCCAGUCUCUCGGCACCAAAAAUCCUGCGGCGGCGGCGAUGGCGGCGGCUGCGGCGAGGCCCGGGUUCCGGCGCAUGUUCUCCGUCUCGGCCUUCGCGCCGCCGAAGCAGCCCACCACCCCGCCCCCCAAGGCCGACCCCUCCCCGAACCUCUUCGUCUCCGCCCAAGUUGUGACAGAGCGAGUCACUGGUUUCUCUAAGGUGAAGAUGGCGACACACUCUCCUACAGCGUGGGUGGGUGGUGAGCUAGGCCGCCACUAUGGAUCCGGGUCUGCGCCGGAAGGGAGGAAGGGAAAGGUGGCGCCUUUGCAGGCGCGGGGCAUGGUGGACAGGUUCCGGCUGCGCGCCAAGGGAGGAGACGGCGGCAAUGGCUGCGUCAGCCUUAGGCGCUCCAGGUCCGACCGCCAUGGCAGGCCUGAUGGUGGUAAUGGAGGAAAAGGUGGUGAUGUCAUUCUUGAGUGCUCAAGGUCUAUCUGGGAUUUCAGUGGCUUGCAGCAUCACACGAAAGCAGGCCGAGGAGGCAAUGGAGUUUCUAAGAAUCAGAUAGGAACAAGAGGUUUUGACAAGAUCGCACAAGUACCAAUAGGCACGGUGAUUCAUCUAGUCCAAGGGGAGCAACCUUCUGUUGCAGUAACUAAACUAACCAGAGCUCUUGAUCCUUGGGAUAUCCCUGAUGCUACGGAACACUCAUCAGUCAGUUUGAAUAAACCAACCAGAGCUCUUGAUCCUUGGGAAAUCUCUUAUGCUGCAGAACACUUUGCAGCCAGUUCGAAUCAGAUGAAAGAUUUGGAUGGUGGCUUAUUCCAUCAGCAUGUUGCUCCCAAGGAUUAUACUGAUGGAAAUGGAAGUGGCAGUAAGUUGGAGAAGCGAACAUACUUAAAUACAUGCUCCAAGCCUGAGCUCUCCAACAUUGAUCAUGAUGCAAAUAACUAUCCACGUCAGGUGGAGAUGGAUGAAAAGGAUCAGUUUGAGGGCGACGAUAAAGAAUUUUGGGAGGAUGAAGACGAGUUCGACAUGGACAAUGAGGAGGAAGAGGUAGAGGAAGAGAGGGAGGAACAAGACCAGGUGCAAUAUUCUGUUGCCGAAAUGACAAAACCUGGGCAACGGCUGAUCAUAGCACGAGGAGGGGAAGGUGGGCUGGGGAACGCUUUUAUCAUCAAGGAGAUGCGGCUGUCCAAAGAAAAUAGACAAGAGGAGAUAGCCCGCUUGAGUACUGGGCAGCCAGGAACUGAGACCUUGCUCAUCUUGGAACUGAAGAGCAUUGCUGAUGUUGGUCUUGUUGGUUUGCCUAAUGCCGGGAAGAGCACAUUGCUGAGCGCUCUCUCCAGGGCUCGUCCGGAGAUAGCCGACUAUGCGUUCACCACACUGAGGCCCAAUAUUGGUAGCCUAACCUAUGAGGACCACUUCUCAGUGAAAGUGGCCGAUAUACCCGGUCUGAUCAAAGGAGCCCAUGAGAACCGUGGCCUCGGCCAUGCUUUCUUGAGGCACAUAGAGCGCACCAAAGUUCUCGCUUAUGUGCUUGACCUGGCAGCCACACUAAAUGGCAGGAAGGGCGUCUUGCCAUGGGAGCAACUGCAGGAUCUAGUCAUGGAGCUGGAGCAUUACCAAGAAGGCUUGACAAGGCGGCCAUCAUUGAUUGUCGCUAACAAGAUAGACGAAGAAGGGGCUGACGGAAUGUUUGAGGAACUCAAGAGGAGAGUGCAAGGUGUUCCAAUAUUUCCAGUAUGUGCCAUCUUGCAAGAGGGGGUACCUGAUCUGAGAGUUGGUCUAAGAAAACUUAUGGAUGAUGACUUGGAUCCACAGGGCAUUGAUUUGAGCAAAAUUAUUGUCGACUGAUGCUCCAUUUUUUUGUCCCUUUUGAUACUGAUGCGGUGGAGAAUUGUUUUACAAAUUUCACCCCUCGUCACCACAGGUUUAGAUGCAAUGGAGAUUUGUGUUGCACAUUUUUCACCAUGUUUCUGAAAAUCAGUCUAUAAUAAUAUCAGAAGGUUGCCAGUAUCCUUUCUUCUUUCAGAAGAGCAGAAAUGUAUAUACAACUACAAAUGUUUUUUCGGUACCUGAAAAUAAAGUUCCUUGAUGGAUGGGUUAUUUUUUGCGGAGUAUGCUAGAUCCAGACCACCGCCACAGCAACCAGAGAUAAAUUUAGGCUCUGGAGCCUACAAAACAGUAGGGUGAACUAAGACCUGAACCUAGCUGGCCCAUGUGGUCGUAUGAGUUGAUCCCACCCAUAACCUCUCUUUAGGUUGACCCAUCCGUGGCAUCCUCCUUUAACAGUCCUCUUGCCACUGCUCCUGGAGUCCUGGUCACAUGCCCUUUGCUGCUGGCCACUCUGCCACACCAGGCCAACACCUUCAUUGGUCCUAGGCUUUGCUUUGUUGCGUCAUGCUGUCACGCCUUUGCUUAUUUCCCAGCAGCAUAUCCUCUGCUGCCUGCUGCAUCCAGCAAGGAGCUCAUUAACCAUGACAGUGAGAAGAUGUCCCCUAUUGAGUUGAAUACCCUGGCUGGCAGCGAUUGUUCCUUGAUGGAUGGGUUAUUUUUGUGGAGUAUGCUAGAUCCAGACCACCGCCACAGCAACAUUCGUGGGGCCCUCCAUCAGGUUCCUGGGGUGCACAGUAGAUGGAGACAAUCAUGGGCCCCUCUACCUGGCCUUGGGGCUCACAGCGGAUCUACAGGCCGUCGAUUCUACAUUUAAUCUACACAGCUAUAUUGUGGUGUUCCAGGUGUGAAUGCCCUUCCCGUUCCGAUAUUCUUGUCAUGUUGGAGUGGUCGGUUACUCGCAUCCAUGAGCUCCACAUGAAGCAGCAGUUGCCAAACCGAAUACGGACCAAACGAGUCUUACUGUCAGUGCGAAACAGGACACGAAGAGGUUGAAACCUUAGCUAAUAACGUCUCCUGUCCUGCUUGCCGGGGCGUGUUGUUAUGCUACAUUGUCAUUUUUCUUUGAAUUGUCAUAGCGCUUAUCAGCUGGUGGCAUGUGCUGCUCCUGUACUGGAUAAUGACUCGUAGCUCAGGAUAAGAGCACGUCAGGUGAGAAGGUAUGGUGCAUCAGACUUCUCCCUGAUAAGUCCGUUUGUCGACGAAGCUAAUCUGCACAGUACAAUUCAUUCGUUAUCAGCAGUGCAGGAACCUGCGUUACUAGCUGUUCUUGUCUUGCAUUUGAUUCGCCUUAUUGUUAUUGGAACUCUUAGCAUUUGUGUUGCCUGA